AUACAAAAUUACAACCACAUUAUAAUGAAAUCUUUUGAUGUCAACUUUCUUUUCUACUUUUUGGAUGGAGUGAUAAGUAAUAACCUUGGUGAUCAAUCCAGGCGACUUCAUGUUUUUAGCAUCACAUUUUUAAACCUAGUCUCACUUUCAUCCUUUAAUGCAUUGUCUUGCAAUAACGUAACACUCUUGCUUGACUUUGACUAUCAAAGAAGAUCACAUUGUUAAACUGAUUUUCAGUAGCAUACUGUAUUAUUCUCAUGAGUUUUCUGAAGCAGAAGCUUUUCAUCUAUGGAGGUGUACUGCUUUUCAUGAUCUUGGCUCCAUGGGUAAGCUCCUUGAACCAUGAUAGAGCCAUUUUGCUUCGAGUCAAGAACAAACAACUCCGGGAUCCCAACGGUCAACUCGGCGAUUGGGUUAAUUCACCCAAUGCACCGUGUAAUUGGACCGGCAUUACCUGUGAUCAUCUUACUCAUGCUGUUGUCUCCAUUGAUUUUCCGAGUUUCGGGCUAUCGGGCCGCUUUCCGGCGGGAUUUUGCCGGAUUUCUACCCUUCGAACUCUCAAUCUAUUCGAUAACUUCUUCGGGGAAUCUAUUUCUGCUUAUUCCAUCUCUUUGUGUUCACAUCUUGAGAAGUUGGACUUGUCCAAUAACUUGUUUGUUGGAGAGCUGCCGGAUCUUCUUACCGAGUUCAGCAAUCUCACCUCUCUGGUUCUCGGCUUAAACAAUUUCUCAGGCGAAAUCCCGGAGAGCUUCGGUCGUUUGCCGAAACUUCAAGUGCUUGAUCUUGUUAGUAACCUCCUUAACGGCUCACUCCCGGAGUUCAUCUCGAAUCUCACUGAGUUGACCGACUUAGAAAUCGCAGUGAAUCCUUUCAAGUCCAGUCGACUGCAUUCCUCAAUCGGACGACUCACGAAGCUUGAAAAUCUCUUUGCACGCGCGGUGAAUCUCUCUGGAACCAUUCCUGACUCCAUUGGAAACUUGGUCUCUCUUCAAAGCUUUGAUUUAUCUGAAAACAGCCUCACAGGAAAAAUUCCUGAUCGUAUUGGUGGGCUGAAGAGUAUCGUGCAGAUAGAGCUUUAUGAUAAUCAAUUGUCCGGCGAAUUACCAGACACAUUUUCGAAUCUGAGUUCUCUGCUACGGAUUGAUGUUUCUAUCAAUAGCCUCACUGGUAGAAUUCCAGAGAGCCUCGCCAGUUUACAAGUGGAAUCGCUGCAUCUCUCAGAUAACCAUUUGGAAGGAGUAAUUCCGGAAAUAUUAUCUAGCAAUCAGAAUCUAAUUGACUUGAAGCUUUUCAAUAACAGGUUUUCUGGAAAACUUCCGUCGAACUUAGGUCUAAAUUCAGAGUUAAGCGAAAUCGAUGUUUCUGGAAACAAUCUAGAAGGCCCGUUGCCUCCAAAUAUUUGCUUCAAAGAGAAGCUCUUGAUUUUGAUUCUAUUCAAAAAUAGGUUCUCCGGUACAGUUCCGGCGUCGUACGGUAAUUGCAAAUCUCUCAAACGCGUUCGUAUCCACAACAAUCAAUUAUCCGGAAGACUCCCUUCCGGUUUCUGGAACCUACCUACAAACAAACUCCUUGAUUUGAAGAACAACAAACUUGAAGGUCAAAUUCCCCCCUCAAUAUCCAGUGCUCGAAACAUUUCUCAAAUCAGGGUCUCCGGAAACAUAUUUUCCGGCAACUUGCCGCUAGAAAUAUGCAAAUUGCAGAAGCUGAUCGAUCUCGAUUUGAGCAGGAACCUGUUUUCCGGUGCCUUACCUUCAUGUAUAACGAAUCUGAAGAAUCUUCAGAAGCUUGAACUGCAAGAGAACAUGAUCGAAGGUGAAAUACCAUCCCCUGAGGAAUCAUGGAAUGAAUUGACCGAGCUAAACUUAUCCUUCAAUCGAUUUUCAGGCGAAAUUCCGAGUUCGCUCGGGAGAUUACAAGUGUUAAACAGUUUAGACCUCGCCAGGAAUAUGCUCACAGGGGAAAUUCCGACAUCGUUAAUUAAUCUCAAGCUCAACUACUUUAAUUUAUCGUAUAACAGGCUUCACGGGAGAGUUCCAACCGGAUCUAGAAACAAAUUAUUCUAUUCAAGCAUAAUGGGAAACCCAGGUCUGUGUUCUUCGAAUUUUGAAGGCCUUCCUUCAUGCCCGAAGUUCAGUCGGGCAACCCGUUACCUACUGGGCAUUACAACAUCCUGCGCAUUUCUCCUACUCGUAUCACUUCUCUGCAUCUGCAUCAGGACGAAGAAGUCCACCGUGAACAGAAGAAGACCCAUAUUUUCAUGGAGCAAUACGGCAUUUCCACAGGCCGGGUUUCAAGAAUCCGAACUGUUGGAUUCUCUGACCGAUGAGAAAAUAAUCGCAACAGGCGGGUCAGGUCGGGUAUUCAGGGUCCAUCUGAAACAAGGACAGCUUGUUGCGGUUAAAAAGCUCUGGGAGGAUAACCGGAGAAGUGAUUCAGGAGACGUAUUCAAGGCAGAGGUGGAGGCUUUAGGGAGAGUCCGUCACCGGAAUAUAGUGAAGCUUCUGCAUUGUUGUGUAGGUGAAGAUUACAGAAUAUUGGUGUAUGAAUACAUGGACAAUGGGAGCUUGGGAGAUGUACUGUACGGAGAGAAUGGUGGGUUAGUGUUAGAUUGGGGAAGAAGGUCAGAUAUUGCAGUAGGGGCCGCUCAAGGACUAGCAUAUUUACACCAUGAUUGCAUGCCUCCUAUCAUUCAUAGGGAUGUUAAAUCAAACAACAUUUUGUUAGAUUCAGAGUUUUUGCCUAAAGUGGCAGAUUUUGGUCUGGCUAAGAUGUUUACCCCAGACAAUCCGGAUAGUGAACAACUAAUGUCCAAUAUUGCUGGUUCAUGUGGCUACAUCGCGCCAGAAUAUGCGUACACGUUGAAGAUUACAGAAAAGAGUGAUGUUUAUAGUUUUGGGGUGGUAUUAUUGGAACUACUAUGUGGUAGAAGGGUGAAUGAUGAAUCUUUUGGUGAAAAUAAGGACAUUGUACAAUGGGUUAAAGACAUUUUAUUCUCAUCGGAGCAAAAAUGGGGUGAUCUGGAUGAUAUUUUAGACCCAAGGAUGAAUCAAUCUACGAGUGACUAUAAAGAGAUAAAGAAGGUCUUUGAUGUGGCACUUCUUUGUACAUCAGUGUCGCCGCAUGACAGACCUUCCAUGAGAAGAGUUGUGGAACUGCUUAAGAGAAAAACCCAGAGUCAUUCAAUCUCAGAUGAAAUAGCCAUUGAAUAAGUUUGAUGUAACGUGGCACAAUUUUGUAUGGUGGUGUUAAUUUCAAUGAUAUGUUUUGGAAGUUUGAACCGGUUAAUCAAAAUUUUCUACAUAUUCC